AUGGAUUUUUUUACUAUCAUAUUUAUACUGCUACUCGCAUUUUUUUUCUUUGAUUAUAACUUUUGUUCUAGGGGGUUGGUGUUUUAUAUAGGAAACAAGUCAUUAAAGCUUUUGAAAAAAUGUAAUAAUUUAGAAAAGGCAUACCGAAGUACCAUUUAUUUGAUAUUUCCUUUUUUACAACAUAUAUUUGUUCACAUAUUUUAUUAUUAUAUAGAAAAGAAAAAAGAAUAUUUGAAUAAUUUAAUUUUUGAGCAAUCGAAGGAACGUUAUGAUAUAAGAGGACAAAAGGAAUUUGACUCAUAUAAUUUUAAAAAGGAAGAUAUAUUUAAUUAUAUAAUAGAAGGUGGUAUUAAAAUAAAAAAUUAUGUGUACAAUAAAGUAUUACAUAUAUUUUUUUUUAUUGUUGAAUAUACAAAUAUUUAUGAAAAUAUCAAUUUAAAUUGUUAUAUUAACACAAGAGAAGUAUUAAAUAAUAAUAAUUUUGGUGUAGUGAUAAUAGACUAUUAUUUACCUAAUACUAGUAUUAAAAAGAAAAAAAAAAAAAAAAAAAAAAAAGAUCAAACAUCUAAUAAUAUUAAUGAUUCUGAAAAAAUUGACCUAUAUGAUUUAGUUAAUAUAAAACAAGAGAAAAAAAUAAAAUUUGUUUUAAUUGAUAAUAAAUGGAAAAAUAUCUUAGGAAUAGGAAAAAUAGAAGAUCCAAAUGUUCAACAUUUAUAUUUGCAGGAUACAGUUUUGAUUCAGUAUUUACAAUUCUCUUGGAUUUUUAAAAACCACUUUUUGAAAAAGCUAUACAAUGAUACAAAUAUAUCUACACACAAUUAUUAUGAUAUAGAAAAAAAAUCUAUGCAACAAAAUGAUAGAGAUAGUUUAAAGGAAAAAUAUAAAAAGACAUCUAUAGUACAAGAAGAAUUAAAUGUUGACGGAAAUAUUUGUAGUAAUACUCAUCUUAAUGAUAAUGUAAAUAUUAAAGAGGAAGAAUAUAUUAAUAAAAAAAAUUUUAUGAAUGACCAAGAAGAAAUUAUUAUACAAUCCUUAAAAAGAUGGGAUAUAAAUAAGGAAAAUGUAUUUAGUAACAAAGAAGGAAAUUUUAAUCUAAUAACAAAUAAUUCCAAAAUAAUUGAAAAUAAAGAUUCACAUAUCGAAACAGAAAAAAUGAAAGAAGAUGAUGUAUAUAAUAAUAUAACCUUAAAAAAAAAAAAAACUAUUAUUGAAAUAGAACAAAAUAAUAUUAAUACUCAAAAUAAUAAUUGUCAUAGUAAUAAGCAAAAACAUUAUAUUAAUGAAGAAAAGAAAAAACAACAAUUAAAAUAUAUAAAAAAUCAAAAUAUGAUUCGAGAUAAAUUAAAAAUGCAUUUAAAUAGAUGGAAGUAUAAAAAUAUCAAAGGAAUUAUUGUUAUACUUCCUGAAAUUUUUUAUAAUUAUAUAAAUAUGAAUGAUAUGGAAAAUAAAAUACCUAUUUAUUAUUUCCUAAAAAAAGAUAUAAAAAUUGAUACAUUUACAGUUAUAGCUAAAUUAUUAGGUUAUAUUUGUAUACAUAUACACAUUAAUAUAAACUUUGGAUUCUCCAUACCAUUUAUAUUUAAAUCAAAAACAACCAAUAUUUUAAACAUAUCAAAUAACUUUAAUCUACAUAUGAAUAAAAACCUAUUUAAUAUAUAUAAUGAAAAUGGAACUUGUAAUAUUAAAGGAGAGCACACAAAUAUUUCAUCUGUUGAUAAAAAAUUCAAUUGUAGUAAGUAUAUUUCAAAAGGGGAAAUCAAUAAUAAUAAUAAUAGUAAAAAUAAUAAUAAUAAUAAUAAUAUUUACUAUACAUCUGUAUCACAUAUUAAUGAUAAUGAAAAGGACAAUAAUAAUAAACAAGAUAAUAUUAAUCUGUAUACCCAUAUAAAUGAUCAUAUAAGUAUGUAUAAUAAUGAUAACAAUGAAAAGAAUUCAUUUGAUAACAAUGUAUAUAAUAAAGAGAAUGAUAAAAUAAAGGAUACUAUUAAUUAUAUGGAACAAAAUGACAAAAACUAUUGUCAUGAUUUGUCUGUUAAUAAUAAUUAUAAUGAAAGAAGUAAUGAAUAUGAUAAUAAUCAACAAUAUUUUAAUAAUAUUAAUGAUGAUAAGACAUACCAAAAUAAUACACAUAAUAAUAAUAUAAAUAAUAUAAAUAAUAAAUAUAUACAUGCAGAUUAUACAACCCCCCAAUUAAACAGUAUCCUUGAAAAUAAAAUCUAUAUGGAUGAAAAUUACGCUUUCCUUUUUUCUACGCCUUUCUCAUUUUUUAGUGAUAAUUAUAAUGAUUUAAAUAUUGCAAUGAACCAUUUUAAAGCUAUUUUUAAAAAUUAUAAUUUUGUUUUUCUGUGUUUUAAUGAUGGUACUAAUAUUAUGCUCAAUUAUUUCUUGGAAAAAAUUUAUAAAAAGAAAAAAACUAAAACUCCAGGGGGAAUGACAACAUUAAUAAGUACAGCGGGUGUUGCUGAAAACAUUAAGAACACCUUUAAUCUUUAUAACACUAAUGCAUAUAAAUGUCACAUAAAUAAUUAUAAAAAAAAACAUGUUCAUGAUACUAAAGGAGACACUUAUGAUAAUGAAAAAAAAGGACAUUCAAAAUUAUAUGCUAUUGAUAAAAGUGAAGAAGACAAGAAAACAAAAGGUACCUUGAAUAAACCAAGUAAUAAAAGUAAUAUAAUGAGUCUUUUUUUUGGGGAAAAAAAAAAAAAAAAUUUAGAGCAUGAACAAAUGAAUGAAAGUCAAAGAUUUAAGAGAAUUAUAAAAAAAUGGAAUAUGCAAAAAAUAUUAAGUGAUAUAAAAGGAAAUGAUAAAUCGAGUUUUAUAAAUGAAGAUAAAAAGGUUAAUGAAAAGAAACAUAACAAAAUUGAUAAAAACGAUACUGAUGAUUCCAAUGCUAGUUAUGAUGAUGAAAAAAUAUUAAGUCAUGUAGUAAAAGAGCAAAUGCAUUCAGGAAAAGAUGAAAAAGAAGAAUUAGUAGAACCAAAAGAAAACGGUAUUAAAAGUUUCCAAGAGGAGGAUGAGGAAGAUGAAGAUGACGAUCAAGGUGUAGACAAUUACGAUAAUUAUGUGGAUGAUAUCGAUAAAGAUGUAGAGAAUUACGACAAAUAUAUAGAUGACAUUGAUCAAGAUGUAGAAAAUUACGACAAAAUUAUAGAUGAUAUAGAUAAAGAUAUGAAUGAUGACCAUAAGAAUGUGGAUGAUGAGAAGAAGGUAGACGAAGUAAUACCAGAUGUAGAAAGAGAAGACAAAAACCUUGAAGAAAAAAAUAUAAAUGCAAAUACAAAUGUAAAGGUAAAUGUAAAAGAUAUACAAUACAUAACUGAGCACUAUGAAGAAUUGACGAAAAAACAUAAUACAAAUCAGAAUAUAAAUAUAGACAAAAACAAAAUGAAUCAAAUAAAUAAUGCGGAAUUUUUGAAUAAUGUUGAAAAUAUACAAGACAGCCAAAAAAAUAAUAAAGUAAAGGAAGAAAUGUUUACAAAAAAUAUCAAAAAAAAUAUGAAAAUAAAAAUGAAGAAUAAUGAAAAUAAUGAUAUGGGAAAAUUAAGAAAUAUUAAAGAGAAAUUAAAGAAAAAAAAAAUGGAAACCCUUAUGAAUUUAUCGAAAUUAAAUAUUUUUCAUAAAAAUUCAGAACAAAUGUCUGAAAAAAAUAUAAAAGAAGAUGAUGAUACAUAUAAAGAUGACUAUAAUACCAACGAAUCGAAAAUAUGGAACAUUUAUGAUAGUCAUGUAUCUAAUGAUCCACGAGGAUCUGCUAGUACAUAUAAAAGUAAUUGUAGUAUAAAUAAAUUUGCUAAUAUGAGUCUAAGUAAUUUUGCAUCCUUUAUUAAAAAACACAAGACUAAUAAUAGUCACCAUAAUUUAGUUGGUAGAUUUAAGAAUAAUUUGGGAAAUAAAGAAAAUAUACCUAAGGAAAAUUCUGAAAUAAAUAUGAACAAGUGUAUAAAUAUAAAUAAAGAAAAAGUGAUGGAAAUAGAUAUGAAAGAAUUUGUAGAAACAAAUAUAAACCAUGACGUUGAAAAGAAUGAAUAUAAUGAUAUUAACAAGAAUACAAAUAAUGAAAUUGUAAAAAGUGAUAAUAUUGUAGAUGAGAAAAUUUUGAAUACGGAGAUUCCAAAAAAAUAUAUAAAUUAUAAUAAUGAAAAAAAUAUAAAAGAAGAUGUUGAAGGGAACAUAGAAAAUACUUCUGAAAGAGAUGGAAUAAAAAAUUCUGAAAUAAGAAAAAUCAAAUUAAAUAUAUUGGAAAAAUUCAGAAAAAAAGAAAUAAGGAAAUGUGAUAAUAUGGAUGAUACCCCAGGAAUAUCGAACAAAUUUAGGUAUAGUUUUUUUAAAAUUCGAAAUAGAUUUAAAAAUAAUUAUAAUACAUGUGAUAAUAAGACAAAUCAAGAAAAGAAAAAUAUGGAAAGAGACAAAAUGAUGAUGAAUUCAUUUAUAAAAAAUAAAAAUGCAAAGCUUUCAGAUGAAAAUAGUACCUCAACAGCAGAUUCGAAUUUUGAUGAUUAUGGAAAGAAACAUACAAAAGAAAUAUGUAUCUUAAUUAAUUUUUCAUAUAAUAAUAUGUUUGAUAUAUUUAAUUAUCCUGAUGAUUUUAUAGAAACUAAAAAACGUAAAUUUUCUAUAGUACAUAAGUUUUUCUAUUCAUUAAAUAUAUUUUUCAAUUCCUUUUCUACUCUUAUAAAACAGAGAUAUUUUUUCCGUUGUACAAGUGAGUUAUCAAAUUUUUUAAAAAGAUCUUUAUUCUAUGAUUUUUAUAAUAAUUCAUUGUGUAAAAUCAGUACAGAUGACCAAAUUAGAAAUAAAUUUCUAUUAGAUAUAAAUAAUAGCAGUAAUGAAUAUGACUCCAAAAUAAAAGGGUUAAGUGAUAUAACAUAUAUAUCUAAUACGGAGAAAGCUAAUAAACCUGGAGACCUAUUAGAAAAUAAAUCGAAUAUUAUAAGUGUAUGUAAAGAUAAAGAAAAUGUGAACGGAAAAAAUAUAAGUACUUAUAUUAGUAAGGAUAUGGAAUGUACAUGGAAUGAUAAUAAUAAAAACAAUAAAUGUGAAAAAAAUUUGGAGAAUAUAAAAAAUGAUAAUAUAGAAGAAAUAGAUAAAAUUGAUUUGAUUAAUAAUAAUAAUAAUAGUGAACAUAAUACGAUGAGGAGUAAAAUACAGAGCGAAAUAUAUAACAAUGUAUCAGAUAUGAAUAAAAAAAAUAUAAGUAAUAAUUUAAAUAAUGCAAUGGAAUAUAAUAAGAAUUAUGCUUAUAAUAAUUCUUCCAUAAGAGAUAGUAAUAAUAAUAAUAUGAUUUUGAAUGAAACCUAUAAUAAUAAAACGUUUUGUAAAGAUAUAUAUAGUGAUUCUUUUGAAAGUAAAAUUAGAGUAUAUUUUAAUAUUAAAUCAUUAUACGAAAAAUGGAAAAUAUAUUUUGAAGAUAAACGAAUAGAUAUAAGUAUACAAGAUAAAUUUUUAUAUAAUUUAUCAUUUAUAUAUAAUGUAUAUAAUUAUUUAAUUUUAAUAUAUAUAUAUACAUACUAUAACGAAGAAAGUUAUAUAACUUUUUGUAAUAAUCAAAAAUUUUAUCAAUUUAUUGAAAAAGUACAUUGUUAUUUUAACGAAAAGAAAUAUAAUCAAAUACUUUAUAAAAUUCUUAGGAAUAAUGAAUCAUUUAAUUCAUCUAUAAUACCAAACUUUUUAAAUUAUCAUGAUUAUAAAUUAUUAAAAGUAUUCUUUUUCAUGUUACAAAAUUCAUCCAAUAAAUUUAUAUCUAAAAAUAUACAUCUCUUCAAUUUCCCAGUUGUUUUCAUUUUCUCUUCGGAUUCCAAAAAUUUUAAUUUUAACCAUUUUGAUAUUAUAAAAAUUUCAAAAAAUAAUAAUAUUAUAUAUUUAUUAUAUAAAAGGGGAAAUGAAGGAUUAUUCUUAUCAGGAUUAAAACCAUAUAUAUGGAUAUAUAGAGUUCUCUUUGAUUUUGUUGAAUCAUUAUUUUUAUCCAGUUUUGACAAUUAG